UAAAUUAAAUAAUUCUUAUAAUUCUAAAAAAGAAUUAUUUAGCAAAAAAAACAAUAUUAAUAAUUUGGAUUGUUUUAAUAUUGAUGAAUUUGAUUUAGAAAAAGAUUUUUGGGAAGAUAUUUUUUAUGAUAGUGAAAAUGAAUCAGAUUUAUUUGAUGAUGAUGAUUUAGAUGAAUUAAAUAUUGACUAUUAUGAUGAAAGUCAAUAUAAUGAUAAACAAUAUAAUAAUAAUCAAUAUAAUGAUAAUCAAUAUAGUGAUAAUCAAUAUAAUGAUGAUUAA